CGGAGGGGGAACUGCGCAUGGCGAUAAAGCUGGGUCGUGAGACGCUGUUUGAGGAGGAGCUGGAGGAGGAGGAGGUGGGGCAGGUGCUGGCGCCGCUCACCGCGCAGCUGGCGUACGUGCUGGGCAGGAGCGGGCGGGCGGCGGAGGCGGGGGAGCUGUACGACAGCCUGCUCAAGGGCUCCCAGCCCCUCAGCGACGAGGCCACUCGCGCCCUCGCCCUCAACAACUCCCUGGCUGACGCCCCGCAGCGUCUGGAGCCGGGACCGCAUAACCGCAAACACAUCAACUCCGCAACCAAGCGGUUGGAGGCGCUGAUCGAGCGACCCGGGGGUCACUCGGCUGCUGCUGCUGCGGCGGCUGCUGCCUCGGAUGCGGCGGGUUCGGAGGGCGGCAUUGGUUCGCUAGCUGGGCUGCUGGCUAGGCACACGCCGGCGGGGAGCCUGCCUCGCCUGGUGGAGGGGCUGGAGAGCCGGCUGGGGGCGGCGCAGAAGAUGCAGCUGAUGCUGAACCUGGGGCUGCUGUACCUGCUGGGCGGUCGCUAUGACGCGGCUCGCGAGCUGGCGGGGGUGCUGGG